AUGGCGGACUGCCAAGAGGACGGCGAGGGCGUGGCGGAGUGCGAAGCCACAAGUGGCACACUGGUGCUGGGGUCCACUGAGGAGAUGGCGGCGCGGUUUGAUGCCACCCUGGCAGAGCAGCAGCAGCAGCAGCAGUGGGCGGAGGAGCAGGCCUAUGACGGCGCAUCUGGGGUGCAGGCCGUGUCCGCCGCCUCGGACGACAGCGGCGCGGAGCCAGGCCAGACGCCGGACGGCCCCGGUGGCAGCGGCGGAGGCAGCCCGCCGAGCGGCGCCGGCCUUGCCGGCGGCGCGCUGGACGGAGGCACGGACGGCGGCGACAAGGUGCAGAUCUGCUACGAUUUCACAAAGGGCAUGUGCACGCGCGGCGACAAGUGCAAGUACAGCCACGACAUCGCCACCAUCGUCCACUUCAACAGCCGGGAAAAGGGGAUCUGCUUCGACUACCUGCGGGGCCAGUGCCACAGGGGCCUGCUGUGCAGGUUCAGCCAUGACCUCUCGAACAUCGCGCAGCAGUGCCAGGUGCCGGACGCCCCAGACUCGGCCCAGGCCUCAGCGCCCGGCGCCGACGCCGUCGACGCCGCGCCCGGCGGCGCAGCCCAGCAGCAGCGGCGCGUGGCGUCGAUCUGCUACGAUUUUGUCAAGGGCCUGUGCCAGCGCGGCGCCGAGUGCAGAUACUCGCAUGACAUCACCCUCAUCGUGCGCACGGCGAGGGGCGGCCUGGGGCCUGGCGCGGGCCCGCCGCCGGCGAUGGAUGUUUGCUACGACUUUCUCAGGCGCGUUCGGGGCCUUGGCGGCAUUGGGGGUACGGAGUUGCUCUUGGCUUGGGUGUGCUCAGCCCCCUCUGAUGGACUCGGGACGCGGCUUUUGGGGUCGGGCCGCUGCAGCCGGGGGUCGAGCUGCAAGUACAGCCACAGAGUGGCGACGCUCGGCGAUGGCCCGCUGGGCUCCUCCCCUUGGCCCGGCCCGAUGGGCCUGCUGCCGCCCGGGGCUGCCGCCGCGGCCGCCGCGGCGCUCCGCGCCCCCGCACACGUGCUGGGGGCGCCCGUGGGGCCGCUGGUGCCGAAUGGGGCGCCCCUGCGCAUGCUGCUCAACCACCGGGGGCAGGCCGCCGCGGCGGGGGCUCCACCGGUGCCCGGUGCGUUCGCACCGCACCACGCGCCGACGCCGCCGGCAGGGUACUUGCCGUCAGGUGCUGCUCUGCAGCCCCCGAGCACAGGCGCCGCGCAGCUGCCCGGUCUGCUGGCCGCCAUGGCACAACAGCACCUGCAGCAGCAGCAGCAGCAGUACCAACAUUACCAGCAGCAGUACAGCCAGCAGCAGCAGCAGCAGCAGCAGUACCAGCACGCCGCGAUGGUUGCUGCAUCUGCGAUGGUGCAGCAGCAGCAGCAGCAGCGACUGGACACAUUCCACCGGCAGCGGCCCAGCUUUUCAGGCUCUGCCGGUAGCGCGGACGCAGAGGGGUCGUUAGAGCCCGCCAGCGGCUGUGGCAGCCUGGGCGCGGCGGACGGCACCCACGGCCUGCCGCCCCGUCCCCCCUCGGUCGGCCAGGCGCCCGGCGGCGCGCAGGGCGGCUUCGCGGGCGGCGCGCCGGCGUUCGGGCCGGGCGGCACCUGCCAGCCGAGCGGCAGCGUCAUCGGCGGGGAGCGGAGGCUGCUCCCCGGACCUCUCGCAACGGGUGCCGAUCUGAUUGCUGCCACCAGCAGCGGGCUUCGCACGAUGCACCUGCAAGACAGCGGCGGGAGCGGCGGCGGCCGCCACCGGCAGGAGCAGCAGCAGCAGCCGCAGCAGCAGCAGCAGCAGCAGCCAUGGGGCUCAAAAGCGGAGCCUCGCCGCUCGGACGGCGGCGCCGCUGUGCCGAACGCGCUCGCUGGCGGCGGCCCGGGCGCGGGAGCCCCUUGGGCAACUCAGCAGCAGGCGCCGCACAUGUCACGCGCCUACUCAGCACCCGCAGAGGGGGCGAUGGAGCUGGGCGCGCUGCAAGCGCCGCCUGUGCACGUUGGCCGCCAAAGCCUCAGUGGCGGCGCGCAGAUGCUGCCGCUGCCGCAGCGGCGGCAGCAGCACGAGCAGCAGUUGCCCCCGCCAGGCCACACCAGCUGCCCUCCAGGCGCCUCUCCCGUUGGCAGCGGCGGCGGCCCUUUAUUCUUUGGCAUGCGGCCCGCGCCUGGCACGCUGCAGCCUAGCGGAGGCGAGGGUGGCCCCUUCUUCGGCACACCCCCGAGCAUCCAGGGCAGCGCGGGGCCGUCGCCGACGCAGCAGCUGUUGCCUCCCCAGAUCUACCCCCCGCCCAUGCAGCUGCCGCCGGCUCACAUGCAGCACCAGGCGCUGGGGCAUGGGCAGCAGCAGCCGCCGCCGCCGCAGCAGCAGCUUCAACACCGGCUGGGGCUGGACCAGGGACAGCAGCAGCAGCAACUCUGGGACCAUCGGCAUUACCCGCAACAGCAGCAGCAGCAGCAGCAACGCCCCAGCCACGACGGCGGCCUGCGGCACGACCAGACAGCCAGCACGCCCGUCGACAUCCCGGGCGUCAAGGGGGCUGCCGGCGAGGGCGCCGCGGCGGGGGGCGCGGCGGUUUCCGCGCCCGUGGCAGUCGGAGACCAGGAGGCUCAACAGGAGGGCUUCCUCGGCCUCGACCGCCCUGCCAGCGGCAAUUUGCCCAACAGCCUGCUGCCGCUCCUCAAGGAGAUCUGGAAGCGAUGA